AUGCAGGCUGACAAGAAGCCUGAUCCUGAAACAAAGGAAGAACGAAAGAAACGAUUGCACCGCAGAAACAUGCGGUACUACCGCAGCUUGGCAAGUCCGAACUGCCCCAAGGAGAUUGCUAAUCUAGCCGUCAAGUGCAAGGGAAACAGUGCGCAACGAUCCUACCUCUUCGAAAACUGGAUCCUUUGCGAUGGCAACUGGGGCAAGUCGUCUCUGCUGGCAAAGCUACGAAGCCGGAACCGCAACUCCAAACGCGGUCUCCGCAAAUGGAUGACGCGUGCUGAAAUGGUGCAAAAAUGGAACGAAUCCGUCACCAAAUGCAUCAUUGAGGCGAAAGAGUCUGAUGAAGAGAGGGCUAGAACAGAGAUCCGAAAGCACCCCGAAUGCCCCCAGAACAAGGAGAUGAUCCAAUACUUGUGCCUCGCAGAAGAUACAGAGGAGAAGGUUGACGAGGAGGAGCUGGAGAAUGUGCUUGAAGUUUCCCUGGGCAACAGCUCCGAGAGUGGCUCGGCGGAGUCCAGCUCAGGGCGGGAAAAGGAAAAGAAACAGAAAAAGAAGAAAGCCGGCAAAAAGAAAGGAAAGUCCCCAAAGAAAGUAAAGGCUAAGGCAAAAGGAAAGGCAAAAGCGGCACCGAAGAAGACGAACCCAAGUGCCCAGGAGUUCAUUCAUGAUCAUGCUGUGCGCAUGCCCAAUCCUAACGUGUACAUGUUCAACUGA